CUAUAUCUAUCCAACAGUAGAUGAACUAGCCAAUCAACUCAGCUAUGUUAUGACUCACUUCAAACUUAAACAGUUCAUUGGCUUUGGAGUUGGCGCUGGAGCUAAUAUAUUAUGCCGGUUCGCUCUGAAUCACCCUGAACUGGUAUCUGCCCUUUGCUUAGUAAACUGUGUUAGUACGCAAGCAGGCUGGAUUGAAUGGGGGUACCAGAAACUCAAUAGCAGACACUUGAGAUCAAAAGGAAUGACUCAGGGAGUUUUAGAUUAUCUGAUGUGGCACCACUUUGGAAGGCAAACUGAAGAGCGCAACCAUGAUCUAGUUCAAGUGUAUAAGAGUUACUUUGAGAGAAAUGUUAAUCCUACCAAUUUAGCUUUGCUCAUUGACAGUUAUGUCAGACGGACGGAUCUCAACAUAUACAGAGAAAUGGACCCCUUGAAGAAAAAACAUGCAUCCUUGGCAAUGCCUGUGAUGAACAUAACUGGAUCUCUAAGUCCGCAUAUGGAUGACACCGUUACAUUCAACGGGCGACUAGAUCCAACCAAUUCUUCCUGGAUGAAGGUGAAUAAUACUUUUUUACUACCCUGUGUGCUUGCUCCGCUUUCUCCUACCAAAAUGGCCCUGUUUCGUAAGGCAUCUCUGGAGGAACAACUCAAAACCAAACUAGCCAGUGUUGGUCAGUGGCCAUCAAAUAUUAUACAUAUAACUGAGAAUCCUAUCUCUGCAGUAGUCUGUUAGAAUAUGUGCAAUUACUGUAUUGAAAUUUAUGUGAUAAAAAAUUGAUGUUGAUGAAAAUUGGCUGAAAAGAAUUUAAAUACUCAGAAACUUUAUUACUGAUUCAAACUACUAUGUAAAGAAACUGCUAUGUGAAAAACAUGUCCACAAAAAAUGGGUAUCAUCAAAUGUAGAUAAAGCUUGAUGACUAGAAUAGCACGAACCCCAGUAACAAAUUACUUUACAAACGAUAAAACAUAUCCCACGUGUUAACGAAAUAAUUGCCAUUUAAAUUGCGGCAUCUUCGAUUUGAUGUGAAAAUAUGAAGUUGAAUCUGUUAUUGGCGUUAUAUAAAUGAAGCUAAGUGGUAUGAUCAUUAUAGUUUUUGUUGGAGAAAUGUAUUUAUUGUUAUGGUUAUUGAGUUAUUGAAAAUUGACACACGGUUUGUUAAAACUCUCGAAAAAUGAUUUUCAGUAACAAUUUGUCACUACUUAUAUAAUAUUGGUAUGUAUUUUGGAAGACUUUUAUCAAAAAAAAAAUGUGAUUGUUUUAAUUGUGAUAAAUUUCAAUACAGACCUAUUUGUUGGCCACUACCAUUCAUAUCUAACGAAGCACAUAUCUGUAGCAGUGGGAAAAACCCAUCUUCAACAAAAUUUGACACACGUUAUCAUGAUCCACGGCAUCAUUGAGUUUCGAAAGCCUAGCGAAUUGUUAUUCAUGGAUAUGCUUCAGUAGGCUGAUUUGAUUAGUUCUCAUUUCAUUCUAGGAUAAAAAACAAGCUUAACAUUGUAUCAUAGGAAGAACAAAGCUUAUUUUUGGUACACUUUUUUAAAUCACUUUUUAUGGCUAGUAGGUUGUUCAAUAUAGAAUCUUAUUUCAAGUUCGUAGAAAUGAAACCUUUCAAAGAACGAUUAUUCAUUAAGAUUUCAUAUGUCAUGGCAAAAAACAUGAAGGGUAGUGUACUCCAUUAAAAAUUUAUAAGUGGAAUAAUUCACCACAUUUUAUUACUUUGUAAGAAAUAGUUUUAUACAGUAAACAGGAUCCAUCAGAGGUUUUCCACUCCAUUUAAUAGAAAAAAAUCAGAUGACUUUUCAAAAUUGAAAAUAUUCAGUUUCAGAAAAAUAUUUUUAUCUAUCAACCAAAAAUAAGCUUUAGUGAUUUUUUCAUUCAAUAAGGCUAAUGGGGUAUGUCAUGCAAUCAAACGUAGGUUUAACUUUCAACCCUAAGGCUGUGGCUGCUAAUGCUGAUUUUCAUAUAUGGCUUUGUUGAAUUUCAAUAAUUUUAUUUGAGAGUUAAUGAAACAUGCAUAUUGUGCCUCACUUUGUUUACUAUAAAUCGAGCAUUUCUUGAUCUAAAUAAAGGUUGUUCAUAAAUUAGUUCGUUUCUG